AUGGAUAAGAGAGAUGUGCAUAUUUCAAAAUCGUUAUCUUAUCUACUAAGACAUGGCGCUUUAAAAGAAAAUUUACUCGUAGACAACAACGGUUACGUUCCAGUAAUACAAUUGUUAAGCCAUAAUAGAUUGAAGACACAUAAAACGACAAUACAGGAUUUGGAAAGAGUCGUAGCGAACAAUGAUAAACAGCGCUUCAAAUUCAAUGAAGCUCAUGAUAUGCUUGCGGCAGUACAGGGCCAUUCAAUAGAAAUUACUCCAGAUUCAACUACCUUGACACCGAUUAAAAAUUUGGAACAGCUACCGAAUGCACUGAUCCACGGGACGAAUUUAAAGAAUUUGGGUCUGAUACUAGAAAGUGGUGGUAUCAAGAAAAUGGAUAGGUUGCACAUCCAUUUGUCGCCAGGCAUAGUAGGUGUUGACAAAGAAGUAAUAAGUGGUAUGAGAAAAAAUUCAACUGUGUUGAUUUAUCUUCGGUUGGGCGAUGAUCUAAUAAAGAAUUUACACCUCUACAAAUCAUUGAAUAACGUCUAUUUAUGUAGUGAUACUAUACCUUUAAAAGACUUUGAUAGAAUUGUGAUUAGAAAGGUCACAAAUUUGGAAGCUAAGUACGGGAAAACACUUGAGCUUUUAAAUAAAUUUGAAAUUACGUAUCAAAUAGAAUAA